AUGGGUUUUAUGGAAUUUUACCUGGAGAUUGACCCGGUCACGCUGAACCUCAUCAUCCUGGUCGCCAGCUAUGUCAUCCUGCUCCUGGUCUUCCUCAUCUCCUGCAUCCUGUACGACUGCCGGGGCAAAGACCCCACCAAGGAGUACGCCCCCGACAACACGCCGGCGCCGCCCAGCCAGUCGCCCAUCCGCCUGGUCGUCAUGCAGAACUCGCCCGCGUCUUCUCGCUUCGAGCCCAACAACACAGCGGGACACGCCGAGCUGCCGACGCCGGACAUGAGCCGGGACCGAGGAGAGAGGGAGCGGGAGAGAGAGAGGGAGAGGGAGAGGGAGAAGAGGAGUACUCUGGUCUGA